CGCACAAACUUGACUUACAGCGCUCUUCAAAUUUGAGAUCCUUAUAAGAUUUCUUCACAAUGGCGCUGCGCGAGUUCAAGGCCCCUGUCAGCUAUGAGAAGCAGCAACACGCCUUCCAGGAGUUCUUGACAGGAUUCAAGACAUCGCCAGAGCAAACCAUCACAACUGCACUAGGCAAUAUCACCAUCGGAGAAGAUGACCUCGACGACGAGUACGAUUUAAUGGAGGAGGAUGGGCAAGAUGCGAACCGGCAACAAGCGAAGGAGCGCCGUGCUCCUCAGUACAAGUACAAGAAUAUGCUGCAGCAACUCUCCGAUCGAACGAUCGACGAGGCGACGAUUGAUCUUGACGAUUUAGCAACCUGGGAGAACCAAGCGUUCGAUGGUGAGGACAGUAUGAGACUUGUUGAUUCCAUCGAGAUGAACACAAAACACUACGUCGAAAUAUUUUCCCGAGCUGUGGAUGAGGUCAUGCCUCCAAUGAGCGCAGAUGUGAACUUCAAGGACGAUGUUCUCGACGUGUUGAUGGCUCGACGACAAAUCCGAAACCGAGAACUGGACGAAGCCGCUGAGCGAGACCCUACUGCUGCAGAUGACAAGUUCCCUGCCGAGCUCACUCGCAGGUACACCCUCGUGUUCAAGCCCAGGACUAGCACCUCAAGCCAAUCCUCAAAAGCUUUGGCAGUUCGACAAGUGCGCGGCGAGCACUUGGGUCAUCUUAUUACCAUUCGCGCGAUCGCCACUCGAGUUUCUGAUGUCAAACCCAUUGUUCAAGUCAGCGCCUACACUUGCGACAGAUGUGGCUGUGAAAUCUUCCAGCCUGUUACUGACAAGCAAUAUGGCCCCUUAACUAUGUGCCCCUCCGAGGACUGCAGGCAGAACCAGGCCAAGGGUCAACUCAACCCUUCUUCAAGAGCCUCAAAGUUCUUGCCUUUCCAGGAGGUCAAGGUCCAGGAGAUGGCCGAGCAGGUCCCAAUUGGUCAGAUUCCUCGAAGUCUUACCGUCCUCUGCCAUGGCACUCUUGUCCGCCAGAUUAACCCUGGUGAUGUUGUCGAUAUCUCAGGCAUCUUCCUUCCCACCCCUUAUACAGGUUUCAAGGCGAUGAAGGCUGGCCUGCUCACCGAUACUUAUCUCGAGGCACAUCACGUUCUCCAACACAAAAAGGCGUACAGUGAGAUGAUUGUUGACCCCACACUGGUCCGCCGGAUUGAAAAAUACCGCCAGACUGGCCAAGUCUACGAACUGUUGGCAAAGUCGAUUGCUCCCGAAAUCUUCGGACAUCUUGAUGUCAAGAAGGCUCUUCUCCUUCUACUUAUUGGUGGUGUGACGAAGGAAAUGGGAGAUGGAAUGAAGAUUCGUGGCGAUAUCAACAUCUGCUUGAUGGGUGAUCCUGGUGUGGCCAAGUCUCAGCUCCUUAAGUACAUUUCAAAGGUCGCCCCUCGUGGCGUCUACACUUCAGGUCGUGGAAGCAGUGGUGUCGGUCUCACGGCUGCUGUUAUGCGUGAUCCUGUCACGGAUGAAAUGGUUCUCGAAGGUGGUGCUCUCGUCCUGGCCGAUAACGGAAUCUGCUGUAUUGAUGAGUUCGACAAGAUGGACGAGACUGACCGUACUGCCAUUCACGAAGUAAUGGAACAGCAAACAAUUUCCAUUUCAAAGGCCGGAAUCUCAACAACCCUCAACGCCCGCACCUCUAUUCUUGCCGCCGCUAACCCUGUUUAUGGACGAUACAAUCCUCGCAUCUCCCCUGUCGAAAACAUCAACCUCCCAGCUGCGCUCUUGUCCCGUUUCGAUAUCCUAUUCCUGCUUCUUGAUACCCCUACGCGCGAAACAGACGAACAGCUUGCCAAGCACGUUGCGUUUGUGCACAUGAAUAGCCGACAUCCCGAUAUCGGCACUGAUAAUGUUGUCUUCAGUCCUCAUGAAGUGCGAUCCUACAUCGCUCAAGCGAGAACAUACCGACCUGUUGUUCCUGAAACUGUCUCUGAGUACAUGAUCAAGACAUACGUACGCAUGCGAGACCAGCAGCAGCGCGCUGAGAAGAAGGGCAAGCAGUUUACCCACACAACCCCUCGUACCCUCUUGGGUGUUGUCCGUCUGGCCCAGGCCCUGGCCCGACUUCGAUUCAGCAAUGAGGUCACUCAAGACGAUGUUGAUGAGGCUCUCAGACUAGUCGAGGCUAGCAAAGAAAGUCUGAACAAUGAUCUUGGCAUUGGUCGAGCGCGCAUGGAUCCCAGCAGCAGGAUUUACAAUUUCGUCAAGCAGCUUGCUGAUGCCGGCCAAUGCCGUCCCGAAGAUGCCGCUGGCGAGGAAGAGCUCGGUAUUGAGCUGAGUAUGACGCAAUUAAAGGCGCGAGUCAUCGCCCAGGGCUUUACCGCCGACCAGUGGUUCAACGCUGUGCAAGAGUAUACCUCCAUCGAUCUCUGGCAAACCACCAGGAACGGUGCAAGACUGGUAUUUGUCAACAGCGACCCUGAUAACGACCAAGAGGAUGACAUGGACUUCUGAGAACUGGGCAUGUAAUGAAGUGAGAUGUUCUAUGUAAAGGUCUGGCGUUUCGGCAUAUGAAGGUAGAUGAGAAUAGUCUGCUGGUAGAGCUCUGUCAAUGAUGAGAAUUAGGCAUGAAGUCUCUAUCACAACAAACACCAACCAAUAACUCAGCUGUAAUACACAAGCAUAAAGCUUUAAUUGUUCCUAUAGCACAAAUGGUUUGCAAAGAAGCAAUGCAUAUUUCGGGUUUCAAACACCAGUAUUGUACAUUUCUAGAAUACAUUUACAGCCUCAUUUGCAUCAA